GUUGAACAAAAGCAAUACAUAAGGCAUGCAAAGCUCAGAGCAAAAUAAAGAAAUAUUUAGUUUAAAGAAUCACUGAAUGCCAGGAAUGAUCAAGAGAAAGAUGACUAGUGACAAGAUCAUUCCUUUCGAAAAUGCAGUUAUAAAUAAAGUGCAGUAUCCCAAGGGCUUCAAUGUUGUCAGGACACCUGAUAAGAGGAGAUGAUGUGAAGCUGUGCAAAAUCGGUUUAUUUUUCCUAAACCCAAUUUAAUGAAAGAAGUGAACAAAGAGGUAAUAUUUCAAACGCCCAAGAAUUCUAAGCUGUCAAGUACAAAUUUCCUGACUCCUACGAAGUCGAUUGAGAGCAUCAGUCAGGGUAAAACAACUUUCAAAGGAAUGCCAAUUAACUUUAUAAAAAUCCCGAGUUUCAAUGAAGUGAGACCGAGGUCUGCCUGCCCAGGUGCCCAGGACACCCCUGAUUUUAAGCCUGUUACCAAAGAUUCUACUUCACGAAUGUCUAGACUGCCAAUCCAUUUCUUCCAUGGAAAAGAAGAAGAGAAAGUGGCUCCAAAAAGACAGUUCAAAAAUAAGGGUAGAUGAAAUAGAGAGAGAUUUAAUAGAGUAAAAGAGUCAGCCAAGAUCCUUCGCAAAGAGUCUUACUGACACCGAGAGAGUCUCCUGAUCUCUAGGAACUCUACAAUCCAUUCAAGAAAUUCCCUAUACAGGAUGUCAGCUUCUGAAGAAAGCCCAUUGAUGAGAUUUGUAAAUAGUCACUCAAACUCUUUCCAAAAUUCACCAAUGGUUCAUUCUAAAGGGAGAUAUAAGUACAAAUAGAAUUAAAAAGAAGCCGGCUUCAAACAAUAAAAGACCUCUUAAGCCUUCAUUCCCAUCCAAAAAGCCAUCUCAAUUUAAGCCAAAGAACUUUGCUCCAAAAAGAAGAAUCAGAAGGGACAGAGUUGAUUGCAAGAUGAUUGUCAAGAAGAUUAGGAAAAGCCUGACUCCUUUCCGAAACAAGCCAAAGAACUUGACUAUUCUGGAUAAUACGACAGAUAUAACCUUACAAAAAAUUUAAUUGGUUAUGAAUAUUUCUUUAACAAAUUUCCAAAGUUA